AUGGGUGCCCAGUUAUCAUUGCUUGCGCAGACGUCUCCCUCCAUUGCGCUAUCGUCAUAUAUUGAUAUUUUAGAUGAGGUUCACUACGUUACACACUUGAACUCGAGCCGGUUUCUCAAAACUUGUAAAGCGGUAGAUCCAAACGGUGAGAUUAUCGUGAAGGUGUUUAUCAAGCCAACUGAUAAUUAUUCUCUCCAACGAGCUUAUGAGAAGCUAAAUAGUGAAAGUCUUCAGUUAGCUCAGUUACCCAAUGUUCUGAAUUACAGCAAGAUUCUAGAGACAGAUAGGGCUGGUUAUCUGAUAAGGCAGCACUUAAAGGCUAAUAUAUAUGAUAGAAUUAGCUCCAGGCCUUUCCUUCAGGAGAUAGAGUUAAAGUUUUUGGCCUUCCAGCUACUCCAAGCUUUGAAUGAUUUUCAUUCAAGAGGUAUCAUACAUGGUGAUUUGAAGACGGAAAAUAUCCUUGUAACAAGCUGGAAUUGGCUUAUAUUGACAGAUUUCUCGUCAUUUUUCAAGCCUGUUUACUUGCCAGAGGAUAAUCCUGGUGAGUUUUCAUUUUACUUCGAUACAUCAGGUAGAAGGAGUUGUUAUCUGGCUCCGGAGAGGUUUAAUUCAAAGUUAUACAAGGAAUCUACGGCGGAUUCAAAACCUACAAAGGAGAUGGAUAUAUUCAGCGCUGGAUGUUGCAUUGCAGAGAUAUUUUCAGAAGGUAAACCAACUUUUAACCUGGCAGAGUUGUUCAAGUAUAAAUCUGGAGACUUCACGGCUGUGGAAUUCGUUAGUCAACGGAUCCAGAACAAGGCACUUCAAGGAUUAGUGUCCGAUAUGGUCCAGUUGAAACCGACAGAUAGAUUACAAGUGCAAGAAAUACUAUCCAAAUAUCGUGGCACCUUCUUCCCAGAUCAUUUUUACACAUUCACGUAUGAGUAUUUCAAGAAUGUUGCUGUUUUGAAUGGUCAUGGCUCAGUCGUUAAUAGCACAUGCUCCCAUGCGGCAUUGUCUGAUUAUACAUGUAAUAUCGAUGAUAUCAUAAUAAAGUUUUACAAAGAUUAUUCUAAAAUUUGCACUUCUUUACGAUAUCCCAUAUGCCAAAAGAACGAUGAAGAAUUUUACUCUAAGAAACUCAUAACACCAUAUGUUAGAUUACCGACAUUAGGUGACAUAAAGCUGCAAUGUUAUAAACCGGAUCUGCCAUACCUGAUAGAAGAAUCUGCUUUGUUGUAUCUUACUUUUUUACUUCACGCUACGAGGAACCUUGUUUCCUCUACCAAUAAGCUGAAAUGUUUAGAGCUAGUUACAGCAUUUUCACAAUAUGUUUCUGAUAGUAACAAACUUGAUAGAGUCCUCCCUUUUGUGUGCUCUAUGCUCUUUGACAGUGUUCCUGCGGUUCAAGCUCUAGCAAUACAAUGUUUGUCACAGAUUUUAUCGAUAGUGACAACAUUAAGUUCUAUCAACGACACUAUCUUCAUUGACUACAUCCUUCCAGGACUAAAGCAAUUGUUACAGACCUCUAAGAACAAUCCAUAUGUUAGAAUGAUUUUAGCGGAUUCAUUGGGAGAUAUUGCAGAGUCUGCUGUUAAGUUUCAGGAGAUAUCCCUUGUUUUACGACCCUCGUCAAAUAUCGGCACAGAUCACAUUAGAAAGCAUAAACGCCGUCUAACGAGAAAUUUCGAAGAAAUAACUGUAGCUCUCCUAACUGAUAAUGAAAGUUCUAUUAAGAUAGCGCUGCUAGAAAACAUUUUGCCUGUUUGUAAGAUGUUUGGCAGGGAAAAGACAAACGAUAUUAUUCUAAGUCAUUUAAUAACAUAUCUGAAUGACAAAAAUUCACAUGUGCGUAUCAAGUUAAUACAAGCUAUAACCGGGAUUGUUAUACUUCUGGGACCAAUAACCCUAGAACAGUAUGUGUUGCCGCUAUUAAUCCAGACAGUUACUGACUCAGAAGAACUGGUGGUUGUUAACAUUCUGCAGAGCUUGAAAUGGCUUUGUCAAGUUGGCAUGAUAAGGCAAAAAUACUUCUAUGAAAUUGUCGAAAUUGUAACAGUUCUUCUUCUUCAUCCAAAUGCGUGGAUUCGGCAGCUUUCCUUACUUUUAAUUUUAGAAAUGUCAGAGAAAUUAUCAAAAGCUGAAGUGUACUGCGUCAUGUACCCGAUUAUUCGUCCUUAUUUCGAAUUCGACGUUAAUUUUACUUGGGAAUCCAUGUUUUCCAGUUGUAAAAAGCCUGUCUCAAGGAACGUUUACAAUUUGCUGUGUACUUGGUCAUUGAGAGCUUCCAAAACUCUUUUCUGGAAGCAAAUUCCUAGCAAGAGUGUUGACUCUUUUGGCAAUAACAGCAUUGAAUUUAUAACCAAAGAUUACACCAUGAAAAAUUAUGGGUUUAACAACGGAAUGAAUGUAGCCAAUACCUCCGUGCCAUUACCAUCCAAUGUGGAAAUUCCCUUAACUACCGAGGAUAAAAAUUGGAUUGAUAAAAUUCGUAAUGUUGGCUUGCAUGAAAGUGAAUUGUGGAAAUUAGCUGCCUUAAGAACGUAUGUUUUCAGGGUUUCUAAAAUGCUUGCCAGAAAACCUGAGAUUCAAGAGGAUUUAUUGGAAAAUGGGAAAGUAGAGUCAAGUUUUGCUGCUUCAUUUGUAAUGCCACGAAACGUCUUCUUUGAUAUUGAUGUUGUUGAAGAGACUAGAAUUGAAAGUUCACGUUUGUUACUGGGUCACAAAACUUCAACGGAAUCACUGUCCACAACUAUAGGGACUAUUAGCCAAAGGCAAUUACCUAUGCCAAUUGGUGUCAAUGGUUCCCUGAUAUUAAGUGCAAAAGCAUCCCCCACAAUAACAUCGAAUCUAGAUAAUGUUUACGUUCAGUUAGAGCCAAGCAGCGAUUACCCAUUUUCGUUAAUCCAUGGAUCUCGUAGGGCCAUUCAAGAAUCUAAGUUUGUUAUCAGCAACAGCUAUGAUGGGUCGGUUUCAACGAUAAAGCGGUACUUGAACAACGUGAAAAUAAAACCAUCUUUAAAGCACUAUAAAGAAUUUGGACCAUGCCACCCAUACAAUCCCACAUCAAAAAGAAAAACAGUUGACGCAUUUAGAGGUGAGUUAGUUUCACAUCUAACCGAAAACAUACCUGUUGCUGUUGUGAAAAUUAUUGCUAAUGAUAACAGGCCUUACUGUGUAAGCGCUUCUGACCAAGGCGUAUUGAAGUUAUGGGAUUUGACUGAAUUAAAAGAAGGAGAGACUUACGACUCCACAAUUCAUUACGAUUUAGGUUCUGCUAUCGUGGACAUUAAAUUUCUAUCCAAUUUUGAUGUUUUUGCUGCUGCAACCCGGGAUGGAAUAGUAUCCUUCAUAAGGGUUUGCUUCAAAGAAAGAAACAACUCUGAGCUCUUUUCCCACUUUGAAAUAAUUAGAAAGUAUACCAUCAAAAGGGAAAACGAGUAUGCUACGAAUAUCGAACUUCUGCCCAACGACACAAAGCCUUAUGCAAUCUUUACGACAAAUUAUUCCAACGUUCUCUUGGUUGAUAUAAGAACAAUGGAAAAAGUUUCAACAUUGCAAAAUAAUCCAAAGCAUGGUGCCAUAUUAUCGUGUACAGCUGAUCCUGAUACCGCAUGGCUGCUCGUUGGUACGUCCAAGGGCAUAUUGGAUUUAUGGGAUUUAAGAUUCAAUAUCAUGGUCAAAAGCUGGACCUUUGCAGACCACUUCCCAAUUAUUCAUAUUGAACAUUACCCAAGAUUUUCUAAAAAACAAGAGAAUAAUGUAAUCAUUAUUGGCGGAUCAAAGUCCUCUUAUGCGUCUGUGUGGGAUAUUUCCAAAAGCAUAUGUAGAGAAGUCUUGUUUCCAGCUGAUGCAAAGCAGGACCCUAGUGAUUUCCUUCCUGUGGACAAAGGACUUGACGAAUUAGAAUUCCAAUCUAGUUCCUUCCUUACUACCGUCAGUUUUAUUCAUGUUGAUGGAUCUCGAGUAUAUCUUGCAGAACGGGAGACGAAUAGCAUAUUACUUGUAGAUUUUAAAAACAAGUCACUCAAUGCUGUAGUUGUAGGCCCUAUGAUGCAAUGCACUAGCUUUUCACACAAACAACUCACUCCUAACCUCUAUGCUAGUACAAUAACCCAUACAGAAUCUGGGCCUACACAAAAUCUGGCGUUCAAAUUUCAUACUGACAUUAUAAAUACCUUUACCCUGUCGAAAACCUUAGAAGAACCCCUGAUAGUAUCUGGAGAUAACUCAGGAGUGAUCAAUAUUUACCGAUGA